UUAAGGAGAAUUUUUCAUUUUUUAACAAACGGAAAAAUUAAUUUUUAAGAGAGACGUGUUUAAAAUAUAAAUGAAUGCCAUUUGUUUUAAAGUAAAAAUAUUAAAUUUCAUAACAUGGUUUCAACGCUUUCAAUGUUAGCAGAAUAUGACGAUAUACGAAGAUGCCAAGAGGUUUUACAUGAAGGAACAGCCGAAGAACAAUUUCUUAGAUUCGCUGCUUUACAAGAAGAAUGCAGAUUGCAAUGGCUCGCAGCUAUUCGAGAAGCACAGAGAUUAAAAACAGAAUUAGAUGAAGCCCUAAAGCAAAUGUCUCAUUUGGAGUCUAAGCUAUAUCAUGCAAGGCGGUUGUUAGAUGUUGAAUCGAAACUUCGAAAAGAAGCUGAACAAGAAAAGCAAACUUUAGAAAAAAAAUUAGUAGCUGUUGCUAAUGUGGUACAAGAUCCAAGCUUUCCCAGUGAAACUCGAGAAAAACUGGAGUUUAUUAAAGCACAAACAAAGAAAAGGAAAUCACAAAAUAAUUAUGAGGAUAAAUAUGGCAAUGAUAUUAAUUCAACGGGUUCAUUCUUAUCAGAUUUAUCAGUAACACAAUCAGAGGAAGAUUUUCUCGAUGGCAAUUGUUCUCGAGUUUGGAAAAAACAUCGCCCUUCAUUGACUAAACAAACAGGAACAUUUAUAGGAUCAAAACCAAGUAGAUCUUCUCGAGGCUUAAAUGAAAGUCGCACUAAAGCAAAGUUAAAUGGAAGUAUUCAUCAAAAACAAGGUGCUAUGGAUAUAGAUAGUGAUGAUAAAAUUUGCGCUACAACUAAAGUAACAAUUCCAAAUAGAGGGGAUGGGCCUAUUAUUGCUGAAUCAAUUAUUGAAGCUCUACCAAAAAAUCUUUUGGAUGAAAAGGCCCCACCACAGUCCACUGAACCAGGUUCAAGUGACACAAAAACUUCUGAUGAAGAAAAUGGAAAUUUUAAAAGUCCCGAUAAAAAAAAAUCACCUUCAAAAUUCCAUACGCCAACGGCUCCACCUUUAAGUGAAUUCAGUGCUAAUAUUAAUAAUAUAAAUGCUACUCCCGCACGUAAUAUAAGGAAUAGUGUAUUUCGGCACCACUGUUUUGCAUCUAAAACUUUUAUUAAACCUGAUAAUUGCUCUCACUGUAAUAAAAAAAUUCGCUUUGGGUCUUUAGCUUUGAAGUGCAAAAAUUGUAGAACUUCAGCUCAUGUUGAUUGCAAAGAUUUAUUGACAGCACCUUGUGUUCCCUCAAGCGCCGGUGGUACACCAACAUUUAAAGGUUUAAUGGGUUACUUAACAGAAUAUGCUCCAUCUACCCAUCCAAUGAUUCCAGCUAUAAUCGUUCAUUGUGUCAUGGAAAUCGAAAGAAGAGGAUUCUCAGAAGUUGGUAUUUAUAGAAUUUCUGGAUCUGAAAGAGAAGUUAAAGCAUUAAAAGAGAAAUUUUUACGUGGUAAAACUCCACCACAUAUAUCGAAUAUUGAUGUUCAUGUUCUAUGUGGUUGUGUAAAAGAUUUUUUGCGAUCAUUAUGUGAACCACUUGUUCCCACCGAUUUGUGGUCUGAUUUUUCUAAUGCAGUUCAAGCUGAAUCUGAAGAAGAAAAACGCAAAGAAUUAUAUAGAGCUAUUGAUCGUUUGCCGCAUGCAAACCGAGACACAUUAGCUUAUUUGGUUUUACAUUUUCAACGUAUAACAAAAUGCGAAGAAAUUAAAAUGCCAUUAGGGAAUAUUGCAAGAGUUUUUGGCCCUACAAUUGUCGGAUAUUCUAGUCCAGAUCCAGAUCGUAAUGCUAUUUUCUCUGAAACUAUGAUACAAUUUCAAGUAAUGGAAAAUCUUAUUAAUAUACCAGAAGAUUAUUGGAAUAAAUAUGUACAAGCUGUAGAAGACAAUGAUAUGAAUACCUUGAGUGCAAAAAAAUCAUCGUAUUCUAAAUAUAAAGCUCCUCCACCACCACCAUCAACAUUUCAAACACCGAAUAAAGAUGGUUUAAAAACAUUAUAUUCGACACCAUUCAAAGGAAGUAUUAGAAAAGAUCGAAAAUUUUAUGGAACACCACCAUAUUCUAGUAAGAAAUAUUGAUUUUUUUUUUUUUGGGAUUAACUGAUGACAUAAACGUUUAAUGAUUUGAUCACUGCAAGAAGAAAAUUAUAACGUCCCUAUUCAAUUAAUUAUUGAAUUAUAUUUCACUUUUAGUUCAAAAAUAAAGGACUUUGUUAUAUAAAUAUUUUUGUUAAGUUAAAUUUAUAUAACAAUAAUUAAGAUAACAUUAAUAUUAUUAAAUACAA